AUGUGCCAGGGCCUGGCGAAGGAGGUCCCGCAGGAGGAGGGCGAGGGCGGCUCCCGGAGGAGCGGCUGGGGCCUGCUGGUCACGGCCGGCGUGGGGGGCACCUUGGUGGCCCUCUAUGCUGUGGCCACCCCCUUCGUCACCCCGGCGCUGAGGAAGGUGUGCCUGCCCUUCGUUCCUGCCACCGCCGCUCAGAUCCAGAAUGUGCUGAAAAUGUUGGAAAACAGAAGUGGCUCCCUAGUUGACAUAGGUAGCGGGGAUGGCCGCAUUGUGAUAGCAGCUGCAAAAAAGGGAUUCCAGGCUGUUGGAUAUGAAUUGAAUCCCUGGCUAGUCUGGUACUCCAGAUAUCGUGCCUGGAGAGAUGGAGUACAUCAGAACACCAAAUUUUAUAUUUCAGACUUAUGGAAGGUUUCUUUUUCCCAUUAUAGAAAUGUUGUUGUUUUUGGAGUACCUCAAAUGAUGCCACAGCUGGAGAAGAAGCUAGAAGAAGAACUUGAAUGUAAUGCCAGAAUCAUUGCCUGUCGCUUUCCUUUCCCUUGCUGGAUUCCAGAUCACACUACUGGAGAGGGAAUAGACACCGUGUGGGCCUAUGAUUUGAAACAUUCUAGAGCAUGUGAAACAAAAAGCUUGGAAAUUACACCAAAGACAGAAUCUUAGACAUUGAAUUUGGUUUCUUACGGAAGUUUUUAGCUUUGACUGGACCUGUUGAAGAUAAGAUUAACAUGGAGAGAGCCCUGGCAUAUGAAGAUGUGAAUUCACUGUAAGAACUGAAGUACAGUGGCUGUCUGAAAGCACACAAAGGUUACUGAAAGGUGUAGUUAAAUGGCUUAAUGUGGUGUCCUGGUUUGACUCUAUCUAGCAGUGGAGUACCACACAGAUGUUCACUCACCCCGGUCUGCAGACUGCCCCCCGUGGGAUGGGAAAGAAAACUGGAAAAAAGGUCAUACCCGUGACCAUGGACUGAGAUAGGAAUAGUUUAAUAAUUGAAAUAAAUUUACUAAUAAUAACAACAACAAGAGAGUAGUAAAACCCAAGAAAGAUGAGUGAUGCACAGUAGCCUUGCUCACCACCCACUGAUGGAUGCCCACCUCAUCCCAGAGCAGCGAAUGCCAGCUCUCCCCAGUUUAUAUACUGGGCAUGAUGUUCUGUGGUGUGGAAUAUCCCUUUGGCCAGCUCAGCUCAGCUGUCCUGGCCAUGCUUCCUCCUUCCUGGCUUCUUGUGCACCUCCUUGUUGGCAGAACAUGAGGAACUAAAAAGUCCUUGGCUUGGAGUAAGCACUGUUCAGCAUCAACUAAAACCAUUAGUGUUUUAAUCAGCAUUAGUCUUUUCUACCACAGUGCUGUACCAGAUAAUAGGAAGAAAAUGAACUCCCAGCUGAAAGUUGUUAGUCAAAAUAAUGAAAAAGUUUUUAUAGAAGAGGAAAACUUCAAUAUAGAAAAGGGUUUAGAACACCAUUCACUACAGUUAAGGGGAAUAUAUGAAUAAGUUCAAAUGCUCAAGUUUGUGAACUUAAUAUAUACAUUCUUUCUGACCCUACAGAACAUUUAGUAUUGGUGUUGGAAUGAUGUCCAAGUGUCUUCUCAAAUGAGCUGUAUUUCCAAAAUGUCCGAAUUUUGUAUGCCAAGUACAUAGUGCUGCAUACACAAAACUGGUCCAGAUGGAGUAUGAUGAUGACACCAAUGUUUCACACCACAGCCUUGAAUGUGUACUUUUGAAAGUUGAGUAUGACAAAAUGGGCAAAUAAUAAGUUGUAUAAUAAGUUGUUGUUCAUUAACACAAGUGCUACCUGUGAUUAUAUUAAUUUUUUUUUUAUUUAUCUUGUGUUCAGUUUUAGCAUCUGUUGAAAAAUAAACUCCAAGUAAGCCAUU